CAUACAGUAUAACAGGUAUAGGGGAGGAGUUUAUGUAAACAGCUCGUCUCAGAUAGUGUUCGCUGCAAGAGACGCGCUAAACUCUACAUGGAGAAUCACUUUAAUGAUCAAAGCAGGGAAUGUUCUGCCAGUUCAGACAACAACGACUGCAAGAGGAUAGACCCAUAUGGAUUUGAGAGAUCAGAGGAUUUCAGCUAUGAAUCCAAUGAGGAGCUAAUGGCCGAGUACUUAGCUGUUCUCACUAGGAGGUCAAAGAAGUGGUCUAAACUUUUGCAGGGCACGGUGAAAGUAGAGAAGAACCUGAAAGUGAAGCGAUAUGUGAGGAAGGGGGUUCCGUGUGAACAUCGCACUCAGAUCUGGAUGGCAGCUAGUGGAGCCCAGGACCAGUUGGAGAGGAAUCCUGGGUACUAUCAUUCUCUAUUAAAGGCUGAGCAUGACCCUAAAAUAGAGGAGACCAUACUUGCCGAUAUGCACAGAACCUUCCCUGACAACAUUCAGUUCCGUGACUCCUCACAACCAUGUUUACAAAAAGCUCUGUUUAAUAUACUCCUGGGUUAUGCACACCACAAUAAGGAUGUUGGUUACUGUCAGGGAAUGAACUUUAUCGCUGGAUACCUCCUCAUCAUCACCAAAGAUGAGGAGAAGUCGUUCUGGUUAAUGGAUGCUUUACUUGGCAAGAUCUUACCAGACUAUUACACCUCAACUAUGCUGGGGCUUAAAGUGGAUCAAGAGGUGCUUGGAGAGCUUGUCAAGAUGAAGGUCCCUUCUGUCUGGCAGGCCAUGAAUCGGCACAAUGUAAUGUGGACCCUGGUGGUCUCGCGCUGGUUCAUCUGCCUAUACAUUGACAUCCUUCCUGUAGAGACAGUGUUGAGAAUAUGGGACUGCCUUUUCUAUGAGGGAUCCAAGAUCCUGUUCCGUGUGGCUUUGACACUGAUCGGUCACCAUCAGAACCUCAUCUCACAGGCACGGAGUCUCCCAGAAAUCUGUGAACGUUUCAAACAGAUCACUCGUGGGGAGUACGUAGAAGACUGCCAUUCAUUCAUGCAGAAAAUCUUUAUGGAGCCAGGAGGUCUUUCCAUGGAAACGAUCACUAAACUCAGGAUGAUGUGCAGAAAUCGCAUCACUUCUGCCAAAAACCCUCCCUCACAAUAAAUGCUGAACUGGAUAUAAAGUUCUGACUGCAUGUGAGAUCUACUGUGUGGAAUAAAAAAUAAACAUUUAAUGCCAUUAAAUAACUAUGAAAUGUUUAAGAAAUAAGUGUCAAGGGAUACAUUACUGUUCAAAAGUUUAGGGUCGGUGUUAAAUGUUUUUAAAGUGCCUAAUGCUCACUAAGGCUGGGUUUGAUUA